AUGGGGGGGACGAAGGUUAUUUGCCACCUCGAUGACCGGGAGACGCCGUGCCUGGUCAAGCUGCCGGUCCCUGCUGACCGGGUCAUCCUGGCGGACUUUAAAAGUGUGCUCAACAAACCUAACUACAAGUUCUACUUCAAGUCUAUGGACGACGACUUUGGAGUAGUGAAGGAAGAAAUCUCAGAUGACAAUGCCAAGCUCCCAUGUUUUAAUGGCCGUGUGGUGUCCUGGUUGGUGUCAGCAGAUGGUUCCACAGAUGCUGGCUCUGUGUGUGCAGACAGCCAGUCAGAUCUUCCACCCCCCAUAGAGUGGACAGGAGGCAUUGGGGAUUCGAGACCUCCAUCUUUUCAUGCAAAUGCUGCUGGCAGUCAGGACAACUUGGACAAUGAGACGGAGACAGAGUCCGUGGUAUCUUUACGAAGGGACAGGCCACGCCAAAAGGAAGCAAAUGAACAUGUGCAUCGAUUCAACGGCCAUGCGAAGAUGGAGCGACGGCAUGACAUGGGUGGUUAUGAGAGCUCAUCCACACUGAUGAGCAGUGAGCAAGAGUCCACCAGCUUCUUUGACUCUGAUGAUGAUGACUCAGCAAGCUGGUUUAGUAGCUCAACAGAGCAGAGCAGCUCCAGCCGACUGAUGAGAAGACAUAAAAGGCGGCGGCGGAAACCCAAGGCCCCACGUGUGGAGCAGUCAUCCUCCUUCAGCAGCAUUACAGAUUCCACAAUGUCUCUAAACAUCAUCAUGGUCACGUUAAAUAUGAAGAAGUACAAUUUCUUGGGCAUUAGCAUUGUGGGGCAGAGCAAUGAAUGGGGAGAUGGAGGCAUUUAUAUUGGUUCCAUCAUGAAGGGUGGAGCUGUGGCAGCGGAUGGUCGAAUUGAACCAGGAGACAUGCUUCUGCAGGUCAAUGAUAUCAACUUCGAAAACAUGAGCAAUGAUGAUGCUGUACGUGUUCUAAGGGAGAUUGUCCACAAACCAGGGCCUAUAACUUUGACCGUGGCAAAGUGCUGGGACCCAACACCUAGAGGCUGCUUCACGCUACCCAGGAGUGAGCCAAUUCGACCUAUCGACCCGGCAGCCUGGGUAUCACAUACGGCUGCCAUGACAGGGACGUACCCAGUGUAUGGUAUGAGCCCUUCCAUGAGCACGAUCACUUCCACUAGCUCCUCCAUCUCCAGCUCUAUUCCUGAGACUGAACAUUUUGAUGACUUCCACUUGUCCAUCCACAGCGAUAUGACUACUAUUGCUAAAGCCAUGGCAUCGCCAGAGUCGGGUCUGGAGGUGCGAGACAGGAUGUGGCUGAAGAUAACCAUUCCUAAUGCAUUUAUAGGUUCUGAUGUAGUGGACUGGCUGUACCACCAUGUGGAGGGUUUCACUGACCGGCGCGAUUUGCUCAAAGCUGGCUACAUCAGGCACACCGUCAACAAGAUUACUUUCUCUGAACAGUGCUACUAUAUCUUUGGGGACCUCUGUGGCAAUAUGGCACAUCUGUCCUUGAAUGACCAUGACGGCUCUAGUGGAGCUUCAGACCAGGACACUUUGGCACCUCUCCCUCAUCCUGGGGCUGCACCUUGGCCACUUGCCUUCCCAUAUCUGUACCCAGCACCACACCCUUACAGCCCUCAUCCAGGUUUUCAUGACCCUGGCUACAGCUAUGGAGGUGGAGGUGGAAGUGGAAGUGCUGGCAGCCAACACAGUGAAGGAAGCCGAAGUAGUGGUUCAAACAGAAGUGGAAGUGAACAACGGCGGAAGGAAAAGGAAGCGGGCAAGACAGGGGGUGCAGACUCCAAAUCAGGGGGCAGUGAUAUUGUUGUACAUUUGUAG